CUCCACCAGCUAUCAUCUAUCGGCUUAUACUAGCGGCCCUCCCUCCCCUUGCCUCCUCCUCUCUCUUUCUCUCUCUCUCAUUGUUUUAUAUUUCCUGUGCCUUGCCUUGCCGAGGGUAUUUUCGUCUUUCCUCCCUGUCCCACUGCCUCAGUCAGUCCCCUCUCCGUCCCGCCGCCACAUCGCUCGGCUCCCCCGUCCGUCACUCCUUGUUUUUUCUCUCCCGGACCAACACGACGAAGAACAGCACCCAGACCGCGAGAGAGAAGGGAAGAAAAAAAAAGGAGCCGUUUACUACGAAGUACACGUACGGCCGUUUUCCCUUUCUACACGUACGAGUGCAGAAACCUCAAGCAAGGACGACGAAAAUAGCUCUUCACGCCUCUCGCUCGCCAACAAGCAUCCGUCCGUCGCCCGGCUACUUACUACUGAGCAUCAAUCAAUUCGCCCAUCUUGCGGUCAAGACGGCAGUGGCUGCUCGCCACCGAUCUGUGUCCAACCAAAAGUUCUUGAGUAACCACAACGCACGUACGCUUUGCACACAUAUCGCGCGGCUCAAAACAGCAAGCCAGCCAGCCAUACUACCCACCUCGGUGUCCACCCGCCGCCAUUGUCACUCGCUUCAUCGCGUGUACGACGCGGUCCAGUCUCUGUCGUCCGCUGUGGCUGUUCCGCAUAUGAAUGUGCAGUUUUUGUUUCUGCACCGUCUGGUACUGUUGCACGAGUCCAUCAGAGAAACAACAUUGCAGGAGCACUCAAACUUCCGACCGUCACACACGCCGCUGCUUGUUUGACCGCUUGUUGCACGAGCGACUUACACACACAACGCUCAUUCUUCAACGCCUUGCAAGCUCUUGCUUGCUUUGGCCAGCCCCUUACAACCAUCCGACAGACGGCUCAGGCACUUGGACAUAUUUGAUUCUGCCUCUUUUACCACGUCCUGCUGCUUCCUUUGCCGCCGUCCCUCCCUUCGUCCUUCCUACUCUCCCCGGCAAGCAAGCACUCGGAGAUGACGGGUCUGAUACCUCUUGCUCUCGGCACGGAGAGCGCCUCAUCCGGCGGGAGGUUCAGCAUGUACUACCCAGAGCAUGACCAUGCUCUCCGACGCUUCGGCGUCGUGUAUUCCAAAGAUGCGCCGAACCCGAUGCGCCCUUCCGCCUGGAAGCCGGCGCCCACGACCGAUGCCUCAGCCCGGGCGUCGCAGUGGCCUGUACCCCUGGAUGACAUCAAGCGAUCAUUUCUUCACGACGACUUUCGGGCUUGCUACAGUCGCUGCCACGAGGCAUUGAAGCAUUCAGAGACAUUGGAUGGGAUCCAGCCCGCUUAUCUCGUCUACUUGCGUUUCUUCGCGGCCAUGGCCUCGGAGAUGCAAGCCCGCCACGCACCUCGCACGUCCCCCUCUCGCCACGGCCUGCUCCAACAGGCGCAGGCGCACUACCGCGUCGCAGCGGGCAUCGCAAAGCGCGAAGACGAGACCCUAGUCGCGUCCACGCCGCCGCCGCCGUCCGUGCGCGUCGCGUCCCCAAGCCCCAGUGACAAGACCAUCAGCACGGACGACUCCUCCCCACCAAGCACCCCGACCAGAGUGGCGUCGCCCGUAUUGUCCGCCAGCUCUACCAUUGACGGCUGCUCACCAUCCAAAGGUUCCUCACCUGCGGGGAAACGCAAGAAGAAGAGGGUUGCGUUCCGCGACGUGCCCAUCAUGGAGCCCUAUAUUCGGCCAGACUCCCCCACCUUGGGUUUUGACGACUGGUUGGGCCGCUCCUCACCCGAGCCGUUCUACCCAGAAUCGAUCCUGAAGCAUGGCCACAACAUGUCAGAGUGUCAAGAAGAGCCCUUGCCGUUGACUGCGACACCCGAGCUGAUCCGGGAAGACGAGUCGGUGGAGGACCCCCUUUGCUGCCAGGACACUUUCGGGCCCCAGUACCGCGUUGUACUUGCAAGCAUCCGGUGUCAAAUCGAAAAGCACAUGGCGACGCUGGAUGGAGAGCUGGAGUCAGGCCAGGGCCAAUCCUCCGCAUCCGAACCUGUCGACAUUGGCACUCGCAUCGAGCGGCUACGCGCCUGCGGCUGGCGACGGCGUCGCUUCGACGCCAGGAAAUACCAAAAUCUCUGCGAAAACGUCCUGGCUGAGCUCAAUUCCUGACCCUCCAUCGUCGACCGAACGCCUCGUUCGCGUGCGACCGCUCACUCCCACCAUCUCUGUCCACACGACAUCAUCAAGGUCGUCCGUGCAAGGCAGGCUUGUUCAUGCAUGCUCUCUUCUGUUUCUGGUCGUAUUCCUUGCAGAUAGCAUGGCCACAGUUCCUCUUUGCUCGCUUCGAACCUAUACAUUGAAGCCCACGUUUGGGAGGGGGGGCCCGGCUGUUCACCCUGCCUUUCCGCAUUGCGGCCGUCGCGCUUCACGCGCGGUUGCAUGCCAGCUUUGUACUAUCACUGAUGUAACGACCAAGCCAUGCCUGAACGAUAGAUGAGCAGAAUAGUGUUAAACAAAAAUACGGAGCUUAAAUCGCCCCUUUUGUCACGG